UUGAUGACGAUGAUUUUUAUUAUUAUUUUAAAAGCCUUCACCAACUUUUUAGCCCGUGUGUUGUGCCGAAACGGGGUGGUCUCUGAGGGGAACGGUUUUAUCCCUCCCCUCCCUUCCCCUAGGGCUACCUGUUUUGAAGUUCGUGGUGCCGUUGCCGUAAUGCUCGCGCGCUGGUUGGGCGGGUCCAUGCUGAAGUCGUCUGUUCACAGGUUCCCGGCGGAAUGGGCACUUGAUCAUCCGUGUUGCCCUACGCUACUUUACUGGCGGUGAAUAGCUAUCUUCAACGUGGUUCGCGAAUUUUGCAUCUGAUUCUUGUAGCCCUGGUGACGGUGCGGGAUGGGCUUGCCAGGUGGAGGUAUGGAACUGGGGGCUGAUCGGGAUCGGGUGGAUGAGGUUUGUUUGAGGUGCUGUAACUUAGGGAUUGUCGGGUAUUCUCCUUGCGGGACAAUAACUCUGCGAACUCUCCGUAACCGCUUUUCAGUCUGGCCGUUGAGAUGAGUAUAUGAGGGCGUGAGGAUGAACCGUAACGUCCGGUGGGGGUUUUUUUUGGGUGUCGUGAGGUUGUUUGGUUUGUUUGUGAGGUACCGUGCCUAGAAGGUUAGGUCAGCCAAAUAAGUGAACUUUCUUUGGUACGCGGGUACAUAUGAAGAAGCCAUAGACGAGCCCCUCCUUCGACGUUUCUCGUUAAUUUCGUUAAUUGAGUGACCCUGACGACUACGCCUGGAGCGCAGUACCGUUACGGUAGUGUGUGUAAGUGACUGAGUGAGUAAGGUCCGCAAUGUGCCCUGGACACUUGAACCAGGAGCAUACGGCUCAAGUGUUCACGAUAGCUUGGCGCUAGGGUGUCGCAUCUCUCGCUUCCGCAUGUCGUAGGUUCGACAUCCAAAACGCAAACGUUGGUCUCGCCGACUGAGCUGAUGGGAUGACCGAGGAUCCGGGCCAUCUAAAUCCUCGCCGAUUCGGAAAAUAUAAGUUUUGUCGGUCGGUUGGUCGUUCGUGGUUUCAGCCUUGUUGUAGUUGCCUCCCUUUCUCAACGAUAAACCAAAUAUCCUUCUCUCUUCCUUCUUCCCUUCGAGGAGCUCGCCUCUAUAUAUACUCGUAUACGUACGGAUACAGGCUCUUGCUCAUACUGCUCAGCCCCACCCUCCAGUGCUGGGGGAGUCAGUAUCCCUGGUUCCAAGCUUUCAUACACAAUUCAUUGGUCGCCUUGCUUUUUAAUCCGGCAAGAGUGUGGAGAGUUUGGUGCCGUAUGGGGCGCAAUCUCCGUGUACACUCUGUCACUGGGCGGAGGCGGAGAGGGAGGGCGAAAGGCGAUGGCACUAUUGUGAGGUAUGUUUGGUGCUUUGAAGGCGCGGGAGAAGAGACUUAUGAGUCAAUUCAGAUGCGUUGGCAGAUGAGCUUCCAGCGUUUCAGCCUUGCCAUGGAACUUGUAUUUCUGUAAGGACGUGGUGGGAAGGCUGGAGGAUAAAGAGAAUCCUCGAGCCGGAGAGCUCUUCUACGAUAGGGCAUUGCUGCAGCUUUUUCCGAGGCCGUUUUUAGGGGAGGAGGUUGAACCUGUUUUGAGGUGAAGUUUUCGCUACUCCACGACUGCCAAUUUUGGGUGUCCCGAUAGUCUAUCUGAUAUUAAAAAUUUAGAGUUGUGACACCCGUGUGGGAGGGAAGAUCUGUCUUGGCGGACGUCACUUGGUCCGGGGUGUCAGGUGACUGAGUCAUACCUCGAUCCACAAUUUAUAUGAAGGGCCAACCCAUCACCACUCUGAGACCUUCUUUUGGGAUUGCAGACGAUGGCUAGAGCAGACACGAAGUGCUUGUACCGGUAUUGGUGCGAGAUUUUGUACCGUAGCUUAGGAGCGAAUCUGUAUCCAUCUCAUCUUUCUUCUCUUGCCUUGACGGGAUGGAGGCACGGUGAGGAGGGUUGUUUGAUUGGGGGGUUUUGGGAUUGCUUUGGUAUGGAGUAC